AAAGAUUCCACCCUCGGCGAUUGGUCCCGCAGUGAAUCAGUCAUACGGAUAUUCUAGCCAAUCAUCUGAUCGGAAAAGUUCAACAGAUGUUGCGGAACAUAGAAACAUGCUAUUGGAAGUUAGCUAGUUAGCCAGGAUGAUAACGUAGCUAGCCAUCACAUUUCAGCACAUCGAGGAAGCUAAUUCAUUUAUCGCCAUGGACACACGUCGGACAGCAGGACGAGGCAGCACAACAUGUGUUUUCGUGGCGUUAGUUGUAGCGACGUGUCUUGAAACCGUUCGUGCUUUCGGCCGCAGUCAAGACAGCGAAUUCACCUUUAUCUUAGCAGCCGGAAGAACCGAGUGCUUUUUCCAAACGGCUGCGGAGAACGUUACCAUGGAAGUGGAGUAUCAGGUGAUAGCCGGUGCAGGUAUGGAUGUAGAUUUCACCGUUCUCUCUCCUCACGGAUUCCAGCUCAUCUCUGAGUUCCGCCGCUCAGACGGAGUCCACAUGGUGGAACCCACGGAGGAAGGAGACUACCAGAUCUGUUUUGACAACAGCUUCAGCCGCUUCUCUGAGAAGAUGGUCUUCUUUGAGGUCAUCAUCGAGGGACAGCCGGGUGACGUGGGUGGGGAUGACGAGUGGGCGGGGCUUGGAGAGCCUGAGAGCCUAUUGGAGUACAAACUGGAGGACAUUAGGGAGUCAAUAGACUCAGUACACCGUCGAUUAGAGAGAAGUGGUCAGAUGCAGACAGUACUGAGAGCGUUUGAGGCCAGGGACCGUAACCUGCUAGAAGACAACUUGUGGAGGGUCUCCUUCUGGUCCUGUACCAGUCUCAUUGUAAUGCUGGGGGUCGCACUAACUCAGGUCUAUACCGUCCGCAGACUGUUUGACGAUAAGAGGCGUGUCUGUACAUAAAGACAAGCCCACUCCGCCACCUCACAGCCAAUCAGGGUUAAGGUGGGAAGAGAAGAGCGGAAAAGGGUGGAGAGGAAGGAAGACGAGGAGGGAGCAGAAGAGUAAAUUAUCUGCGUCACAAAUUGCACCUUAUUCCUUAUCUAGAGCCUCUCUCUGGUCAGAAGAUGCUGAACCUUUAUUUAACUAGGUAAGCCAGUUAGGAUUUUACCCAGGAUUGGAUCGUUAGAUUUUUACCUUGUCAGCUCGGGGAUUCGAUCCAGCAACCUUUCGGUUACUGGCCCAACGCUCUAACCACUAGGCUACCAGCCGCGCCCAGUAGGGCACUAUCUAGGGAAUAGGGUGCUAUUUGGGACACUCAACACGGUGCCUUUUACCGUGUUAUUGUAGUGUUCCCUUUAUUUUCUGGAGCAGUGGAUUUAUAUAAUUUUUACAAAAUGCAAAUUUUCUAUAUCUAAUAAUGUGUGCGUCAUGGAUAAAGAUGGGUCAGUGUGUUAGAAAUUCCAGAGCUGAUGGUCCCAGUCUGCCCCUGAGUCAGUCAUCAUUUACCCAUAAUGCAUCAAGGAUGUGAUGCGCUCAAUAGUGCACGUUGGGUUUAAAUCUCUCUAGUAAUUGAAUUUCUAUGGAUCCUCCUAUUUUACCAGAACAAGCCCCACCCAACCCCUAAUGUCCUUCUCUCAUUGGUCCAUGUCUUUGUGACCUGUUGUGGGUAGCCAAUCACCUUUUUUUUUGGUGUUACUGAGUUUUAUGUGCCAGUAAGAUUCUAUGCUGAUAUCUAGAUGAACAGGUAUGUUUGUGGUGGGUUUCCAAUGUGGGGAUGUGUGUAUGUGUCCAUCUAACUGUUGUGGUAUAGGGGACAGAAACCGUUUACAGAGAACCUAGUUUACCAAUGGAUCCUAACGCUUUUGCUACGUCCCAAUCCUCCACCCCCCCAAGUGUAUACUUGCCUUGCACACUCCCAGUCAUGGGUUUAAUGGCUGAAUCUCCCUCCAGCCAAUGACUACACAAUUCCAAUGCUUUUUAAAACCAGAACAAAAAGUGUAUGAGUGCACACUGGGAGAUGGGUGGAGAAUUUGGAGGCAACCUGUGAUUGUAACUAAGAAGGGACUGGUACUUUGAUCAUUCUUAACCAUGUUGCCAUGGCAGCCAGUGAUUUUAAUGUUGUUUUUUACACAAUAAAAGACAGGACAUUUUC